ACUCACUAUCGACGAAAUUUAUACAAAAAUCGACUUGAAGUAUAUGAACUUGUUACACCCGAAGAUCCCAUUCCUAGCUUCCUUACGAUUCGAAAUGCAAUAGAACUUUCUGCUACCGCCUGGAAUUCUGUAACUGAAGCUACAAUUAAAAGUAGUUGGUUUCGCACAGGCAUACUUCCUUCCGAGGCUUCGGAUGACUAUAAAUUUACUGAUGGCGAAAUUGAAGAUAAACUUGCGGAUCUUAUUUAUCAAAUGCCACAGAUUUCUAAUUCUCUAACUGCGAUAGAAUAUAUCCAAAUCGAUGAUCAAGCUUUAAGUGGAGAACAAAUAACAGAUAAAGAAAUUAUUCAAUUUGUAAAUGGUGAAGAGGCUCAAGAACCUGAAAAUAAUGAAGAAUUAGAACUACCGGUGAAAGUAUCUGAUGCUUUGGAGGGGUUAACAAAGGUGAUAAAAUAUUUACAACAAAAUGAUCUUUAA